AUGAAUGUUACAGAAUAUAUCCUCUUGGGUUUUGGAAAAUUCGGUCAAUGGCAAAAUAUACUAUUUUUUGUUUUCCUCUUGAUCUAUAUUGCAGCCAUGAUUGGGAAUGUACUCAUUGUAAUUUUAGUGGUAGUUGAUCAGCAUCUACAUACGCCCAUGUAUUUCUUCCUGGGCAACUUGUCGUGCCUAGAGACUUGCUAUAUAUCAAAUGUCAUGCCCAAAAUGAUGGUGGGCUUGUUGACUGAGGAAAAUGUGAUUUCAUUCAGCGGCUGUUUUGUGCAGUUCUUUUUCUUUGGUUACCUAAUGGCAACAGAAUGCUAUCUUCUCUCAGUAAUGUCAUAUGAUAGAUAUUUAGCAAUAUGCAAACCACUGCAUUACACAACAACUAUGAAUGCACAAAUGUGCAUCCAACUAGCAGUUUCUUCGUGGAUAAAUGGACUUAUAGCUACUUUAAUACUUUUGAGUUUUAUGCUAGAGUUAACAUACUGUGGUCCCAAUGAAAUUGAUCAUUAUUUCUGUGAUUCUGUCCCACUUAUAAAACUUUCCUGUAGUGACACCAACCUGGUGGAAGUUAUGAGUUUUGUCCUGGCAUUCAUAUUUACCCUGCCACCUUUUCUCCUCACCUUGACAUCCUACAUAGCCAUCAUAACUACCAUCUUGAAAAUUCCUUCUACAACUGGGAGGAAAAAAGCAUUUUCCACUUGCUCUUCUCAUCUUAUUGUAGUUUCUACCUUCUACGGAGCCAUCAUGAUAGUGUAUAUGUUACCGAAGAGAGAAGCACUCCGUGAUCUCAACAAAGCUUUCUCUCUCUUGUAUACAGUCCUACCCCCUGUUGCAAAUCCUCUUAUAUACAGCUUGAGAAAUAAGGAGGUAAAGCAUGCCAUAGGGAAAUUAUUUGGAAAGUAUUGCAUUCCUCCAAGAAGCUGGAGAGAAUUGUUACAAUUAUUAAGAAAAAGCAGUGGUGAAGCAACUUCAUAA